AUGUGCCCACCAUCCUCUUUCAACUCCAGCUCAACCUCUCCCAUCACCAAUGCUGCUACAAUUAGUCCUCCCAACAUAGUUCCCCCAUCCCCCAUAUGCACAAGCACCUACCAUCUCGUCCGACAGAGCCUUCCACCCGCAAUCUUCAACCACAGCCUCCGAGUCUACCUCUACACCCAAGCUCUCGCCCAAUGCGCGAACUCCCCCUGGGUAGCUCCCGACCGUCUCCCCCUCCUAUUCGUGGCGUGUCUCUUCCACGACAUGGGAUGCGCAACCGAAAACGACGGCCCGCAACGUUUCGAAGUCUGCGGCGCCGAUGCCGCCGCGGGGCACCUCCGGAAAUUUGAGGUCAACGACACGGAUGUCCAGGAAGUGUGGACAGCGAUUUCCUUGCACACUUCGCCCGGUAUCGCAGAGCGGAUUACGCCGCUCGCUCGGUUGGUGAGGCUGGCUGUGCUCAUGGAUUUCAAUGAAUUGGGGAAGAGUUCCUGGAUUACUGAAUCCGAGCUGGAAGUCGAUGAGGAGAAUUAUCGGCGGAGCAUCGAGGAGCGAUUCCCUCGUCUGAGCGCCGAGAAGGUGCUGGGAGAUAUUGUGGUGGAGCAGGGUAUGAGGCAGUCUACAAAAGCUCCAGCGGCAAGCUGGGCUGGGGUCAUGGUUAGAGCAGCGAAGGAGGAGCCGGAGUGGGAGGGAAUUAACAAGGCAUUUUGA